AUGCUGCUUGGGAAGAUCUCCACCGGUCGGGGGAUCGAAGUGGACGUGCAAACCGGCGAUGUCAUCGUUCUUCCAGCCGGAACAGCGCAUUCCUCGCUAUCAAGCUCCGCUGACUACCGGUACAUCGGAGUCUAUCCUCAAGUAGGUCUCUCUCUAUUUGAAAAGCUUGUCACGCUCGUCUCCCUGAAUGAUUGCCCCAAGUGGCGAAACGAGAUGGGCAAAAAGCCGGCAGGAGAGUUCAAAACCGUCAUCAAGAGCGUUGAGAUGCCAGAAGAGGACCCAGUGUAUGGAAGAAAUGGUCCAUUGACUCAACUUUGGAAUAAGGACAUACUUGCCAAGCUAUAA